AUGAAAAGUCGCUACUUUACACCAAACGAGGUUUUAGCACAUAAUUCACCCGAAGACUGUUGGGUCUCGUUUCUUGGACAUGUUUGGGAUCUCACACCAAUAUGCGCACAGAACAAGGGUAGCGUACUUCUCCAACCAAUCUUAAACGAAGCUGGUAGAGACAUAUCGCACUGGUUCGAUGCAAAAACUGGUGAUGUUCGACAUCACAUUGAUCCAGUUACGAACUGUUACGUACCUUACACCCCCUUUGGUCGAUUUGUCCACAUACCACCACCUUAUCCAACGACAGAUUGGGCUACAGAUUUCGGUAUACCUUGGUGGAAAGAUGAGAGACUGAUUGUUGGAUAUUUAACUAAGAAGACAAGGUUUGUACGUAUUUUCAACACACUUGCGCUACUCCAACACGAAAUUGAGGUAUGCGUUGAGGAGACUAUUACAGAUAUUCUUGUUCGUUAUUUAAAAUUUAAUUCACACGCUGCCUCGUAUACAUGGAAGUAUAAUGGUGUUGUACUAGAUAUGGAGAAAAAUCUUGAGGAGAAUAAUAUUAAGGAAGAAAUACAAGAUAUUGAAGAUUUAUUUAUGCCUCAAAUAUAUCUUUAUUACAAUGACGAUUUGACUGAGGCAUAA